UCAUUCCAGUAACCUCUCUUGCUGAACUUGCUGAAUUCUAUCACAAAUUCUACUGCCACAAAUGGGUCUCAUUAAACUACAGCAGAACCAAGAAAAUAAUUGUUGAUGGAGUAGUUUCCUCUUCUCAAAGCUACCUGCCAAACGAAAGAAGUUAUCAAAUCAAUCAGGGUUGUCCUUUUUUUUUCUAGCUGGUCUUAUGUAUAAUGAUCAGCUAUUUCAUUAGCAGGAGUGUUGGUUGAGAAUAUUCGUAAUUCUCGCAAAAACGAGUAUGAAAUAACAUAUAUAGCUAGAUGCUCUUGACAGACGUGCCUCCACAAGUGUCACCCAUCAGGGGCAACGUGAAAAGUAAUUUGCUUUUAUCAGAAAAAGGCACGUCGGAACAUUUGCAGGAGUCAGUGACCUGCCAGUCCUCAUUAUGAAGAAAGAUCUGUUAUUCUGGGGGACUAUAAUUAGCCUGGGCUUUCUGAUAUUGCUUGGAUCUGGAUAUUGUCAGCACAUCACAGAUGAGACAUGUUCUGUGCAGAUACUUGUCCCUGGUCUGAAAGGAGAUGCCGGAGAAAAAGGAGAGAAAGGAGCUCCAGGGAGACCGGGAAGAGUUGGCCCUCCUGGGGAAAAGGGAGAAAUUGGCGAUAAAGGAAUAAAAGGAAGCAUGGGUCGUCAUGGAAAGAUUGGUCCUAUUGGUUCGAAAGGUGAAAAGGGGGAUGUUGGUCAGAUCGGCCCUCCAGGACCAAAUGGAGAGCCAGGAAUCCCCUGUGAGUGUGGACAGCUAAGAAAAGCUGUUGGAGAAAUGGACAUCCAAGUUGCUCAGCUGGCUACAGAAGUGAAAUUUGUGAAAAAUGCACUGCCCUCCCCCGCAGUUGUUGCUGGAGUGCGAGAGACGGAGACAAAAAUCUAUCUUCUGGUGAAGGAAGAGAAGAAGUACAUUGAUGCCCAGGACUACUGCCAGGGACGAGGUGGGACCCUCAGCAUGCCUAAGGAUGAAGCAACUAAUAGUUUGAUUGCCUCUUACAUUAAUCAUGCUGGCCUCUCAAGAGUGUUCAUUGGGAUCAAUGACUUGGAAAGAGAAGGCCACUUUGUGUAUUCGGAUCGCUCUCCUAUGCAGACCUUCAAUAAAUGGCGCCAGGCAGAACCCAACAAUGCAUAUGAUGAGGAAGACUGUGCUGAGAUGGUUUCAUCCGGGGGAUGGAAUGAUGUUUCCUGCCUUAUUACUAUGUAUUUUAUUUGUGAGUUUGAUAAAGAAAAUGUAUAACUGUCUCAAAUUCUAACAUGUACCAAUCAUAUGUAUUAGACAUGGCAAAAGUAUUGCAUAACUGUAAUAGGAACACCCAACAGCAAAUAAGAUCCUUCAAGAACCACUAGCACUGAUGAUUAACACAGUAUGAGAAACUGGAAUUCUAUGCUUAUCUUUACUGUUAAAAUAUCUGUAGCCUCUGGUAUGAAGAGGGGGUUGAACUGGAGUCCCUAUGACCCUCAGUUUUCCGCAUCCGCUCUAAAAUAAUUCACAUAUUUCAACAAGGAAGGAGUGCAGCAAACAGGAGAGAACCCAGAGUUCAGGCUUCAGGGUUCAACUGAAAACUCUAAAACAAAAAAAAUAAAUAUCUGAAAAUGCCUACAACGACGUCAGAAAUAAUAAGCACAAGGAAGAUAAUUUCAAGCCAGAAAAUAACCGAAUGUGGGUAAUGUGAAAAAGUUGCACCAAGUCUAGUGAACCACAGCAGCCAUCUACUGGUCAGCUUUUUUUUUUUUACCCAACGGAGAUAUUUUUCUUAGAAAGCGAUAUCAGAAAACUUUAGCUUUCUGAUUUGUGUUUAAUACAAAAAAGAAUCUUUGAAAGGUAAUAAAUACUAUGGAGGGGGGAUGUAAUAAAAUUCACAAACAGCAAAACUUUGCAAAUAAAAAUUUUGCCUGUCACAAUGUAAUAUUCUUCGUUAGGCUUUUAUUGCAUUGAUAAUCUUAAUUGCACAUUGCGAACACCUGCUCUGGAGUUUCGUUUAAAUAUUCUCUCGCAAAAAAAACGGUUUGUGAUUUUUGUGAAAUUGUAUUACAGUGAACGUUCACAAAAGCAGUUUGGUUGCAAACCUUGCGAGGAAGUCAUUGAGGUCUUAAUCAGUCAAAAAUGGCGCAAACAUGGUCUCAUCUUUGCAAAGGUUUUUUUGCGUUAACAAAGCAUAUUACAUCCCCCUUAUGGGUUAAUAGACCUGGGCAAAAUGUUUUACUUUUAGCACAUUAGCUGUAAUGCAUAAAGGGAUAGUUUGCUUGAACAAUAAACUUUUAUUAUGAUAUGAA